ACCUUACGAAUGUUUAGAAGUUUCGAAUUUGUUUUAAAGCUUUGCUCUAUUUGUGUCUGUGAUAUAUACAGUAAAAUAAUCAUGAUAUAGUGCCUUUGGAAUUGUAUAAUAGUUUUGUGCUUUUCUGCUAUGUCCUCAGAACAAACUGAAAGUGAAACGGAAGACAAAAUCAAAAUCAAAAUGCCUGUCAAAACAUCUGUGAUUGGAUCUGGUUUCGCUACCAUCGAGUUGGUUAGCUCGCUGGUUAUGGCUGUGUUGUCGAGGUUUUGGAAACUCUCGAGCACGGCGUUGCUGAUUAUUUUGCUUGUGUUUUGGUUUGAAGGCGGGCUGGGAGCGUCUUUCAUGUUAAUUCUAGCGGUGUUUGGUUUGUUCUACUACUCCCAGGACAUGUUACUGUAUCACCCGGAUGAGCCUCCUCACUCGCGCCUGUACGUCGAGAUGCCAAACUCGCUGAACCUCCCGUACGACAGCCAGUACACGCGGACCCGCGACGGGACCAGCAUCAACCUCGUACUUGUCAAACACACCGCCCCCGGGGCGCCCACCAUCAUCUACUUCCACGGUAAUGCAGGGAAUGUGGGACACAGGUUAAUGAACAUGUUUGGACUGUAUCAGACCUGUGGUUGCAAUGUGUUGAUGGUGGAAUACAGAGGGUUUGGGAAGAGUGACGGAUCACCCACGGAACAUGGUUUAUACCAAGACGCUGAGGCUGCCAUGGAUUUCUUGUUCAAAAGAUCCGAUAUAGACAAAAAGAAAAUAUUUAUUUUUGGACGCUCACUGGGUGGCGCUGUGGCAAUUCACCUAGUUGCUCAACCCUACUAUGCCAGCCUGGUCGCGGGACUGAUACUGGAAAAUACAUUUACGUCGGUUCCCGAGAUAGCCAAGUCUUUAUUUAACCUGGCGUUUUUAAAAUAUGUACCCACCUGGUGUUUUAAGAACCAGUUUCAGUCGCUCAAGCUGAUACCAAGAAUCCGACUACCAACGUUGUUUCUGUCCGGUUUAGGGGACCAGUUGGUUCCUCCGAGAAUGAUGAAAGAUAUGUACGAGCAUUCGGGAAGUUCUUUGAAGCAGUUUUCUCAGUUUGAGCAGGGGACUCACAAUGAGACCUGGACGUGUCCCGGUUACUACGAAACAAUUUUAAAGUUUGUUAAAGAGGUGUUGUCGCGAGGUCCAGAAGACGCUAGUAGCUCUCGUGUAGAGAAUUCCAUUUCCGUGAACAUUGACACAAAGGGAAUCAAGACAGUUUAAAUCUGUGAUCACUUAGACAGAUGUGUACAUUUUUAUUAAGUAUAAAUUAUUCAUAAAUGAUUUAUAAAUACACCGCAGGGUAGAUUGAUAGAAUCUGGGCGGCCUUUUGAGGAAUUCAUGGUCAGGGGCCGUUGGUACAAAUUUGUGGGAAAAGGUGUUUUCUUAUACUGGUUUGCUUCUUGGUAAUUGAGACCAUUAUCUAUGCAUACUAGCCACUCAUUUAUGGCUUAAUUUGGGCCCCAGAAAUUAUCUGACUCUGUGACAUAGAACCCCAAUAUACUGCAAAGAUGUCCAAUAUUAAUUUAAAGACAGAACAUCUGGACACAACAAAGAACAGUCAGAGAAAAACUUUGACUGCAGAGUUCAUGGAGGUGGUAAAACUUCCAAACUGAAUUUUCUAAAGUGCAUUAAGAAACUGAAUGCAGAAGAAGAAAUGAAAUAAAUGUUAUUGGGUCUUUGAAUGAUAAACACAUUUAAUUAAACAUGUCAUUGAAAAAAACACUGAAUAUAGUCCAAGGCCAAAAAUAGGCGUGGAGAAUUAUAAACUCCCCGGCAAACUCCACAGCUAAAAACUCCCCGGCAUUGCUGAUGUCCGUGGGCAAUUGCAGGGGUUGUCUAUGACUGUUCGUACCAAUGCUAAUUAUAAACUCCCUGGCAUUGCUGAUGUCCGUGGGCAAUUGAAGGGUUGUCUAUGACUGUUCAUACCAAUGCUAAUUAUAAACUCCCCGGCAUUGCUGAUGUCCGUGGGCAAUUGCAGGGGUUGUCUAUGACUGUUCGUACCAAUGCUAAUUAUAAACUCCCCGGCAUUGCUGAUGUCCGUGGGCAAUUGAAGGGUUGUCUAUAUCUGUUCGUACCAAUGCUAAUUAUAAACUCCCCGGCAUUGCUGAUGUCCAUGGGCAAUUGAAGGGUUGUCUAUGACUCUUCGUACCAAUGCUAAUUAAAAACUCCCCGGCAUUGCUGAUGUCCUUGGGUAAUUGAAGGGUUGUCUAUGACUCUUCGUACCAAUGCUAAUUAAAAACUCCACGUCAUUGCUGAUGUCCGUGGGCAAUUGAAGGCUUGUCUAUGACUGUUCGUACCAAUGCUAAUUAAAAACUCCACGUCAUUGCUGAUGUCCUUGGGUAAUUGAAGGGUUGUCUAUGACUGUUCGUACCAAUGCUAAUUAAAAACUCCCCGGCAUUGCUGAUGUCCGUGGGCAAUUGAAGGCUUGUCUAUGACUGUUCGUACCAAUGCUAAUUAAAAACUCCACGUCAUUGCUGAUGUCCUUGGGUAAUUGAAGGGUUGUCUAUGACUCUUCGUACCAAUGCUAAUUAAAAACUCCACGUCAUUGCUGAUGUCCGUGGGCAAUUGAAGGGUUGUCUAUGACUCUUCGUACCAAUGCUAAUUAAAAACUCCCCGGCAUUGCUGAUGUCCAUGGGCAAUUGAAGGGGUUGUCUAUGACUGUUCGUACCAAUGCUAAUCAUAAACUCCCCGGCAUUGCUGAUGUCCGUGGGCAAUUGCAGGGCUUGUCUAUGACUCUUCGUACCAAUGCUAAUUAAAAACUCCCCAGCAUUGCUGAUGUCCGUGGGCAAUUGAAGGGGUUGUCUAUGACUGUUUGUACCAAUGCUAAUUAAAAACUCCCCAGCAUUGCUGAUGUCCUUGGGCAAUUGAAGGGGUUGUCUAUGACUGUUCAUACCAAUGCUAAUUAUAAAUUCCCCGGCAUUGCUGAUGUCCAUGGGCAAUUGAAGGGUUGUCGAUGACUGUUCUUACCAAUGCUAAUCAUAAACUCCACGGCAUUGCUGAUGUCCGUGGGCAAUUGAAGGGGUUGUCUAUGACUGUUCGUACCAAUGCUAAUUAAAAACUACACGGCAUUGCUGAUGUCCUUGGGUAAUUGCAGGGGUUGUCUAUGACUUCGUACCAAUGCUAGUUAUAAACUCCUCAGCAUUGCUGAUGUCCUUGGGCAAUUGAAGGGGUUGUCUAUGACUGUUCAUACCAAUGCUAAUUAUAAACUCCACGGCAUUGCUGAUGUCCUUGGGUAAUUGCAGGGGUUGUCUAUGACUGUUCGUACCAAUGCUAAUUAAAAACUCCACGGCAUUGCUGAUGUCCUUGGGUAAUUGCAGGGGUUGUCUAUGACUGUUCGUAACAAUGAUAAUUAAUGCCUACCAUAAACGGUAUUGCUGAUGUCCAUGGGUAAUUGCAGGGGUUGUCUGUGACUGUUCAUACCAAUGCUAAUUUAAAUAAUGAUAAUAAAUUAUUUUUAUGGUAGGCAAGACGUAUAAUUCUGUUUAUGGUAGACAAGACAUGUAAUUCUUCGGAAUUCUUGUUUUAUUUAUAUUUAGAUGAAUGUUUUGAGGUAGUGAUAUCUCUUGUUAUUAGACCCCUACUGGUUCAACUAGAGGGGACUAUAGGUUUCAUCUCUGUCCUGUAUGUCUGUCUGUCUGUCUGUCUGUCACACAUUGUUUUCUGAAUAUAUUUCUUUAACAAUGCCUCAAGAUAUUAAAAUUAAAUUUUGUGUAUAGC